CUACAUGUAUGCUCAGAACCUGCGUUUCGCCAUCAGUAAGGCUCACCUAGUUUCAGUCAAGAUGAGCCCUACUCCUGACACAGGUCGUUGUUUCACAUUUUGGUACAACAUGUGGCAUCCGAAUGUUGGUAGGCUAAACCUCGUGAAGCGCGUGGAAAACGAAUCUAAUAGCCUGCUGUGGACACGCUUGUCACCUCAAGGCAAAGAAUGGAAGCAAGGCCAGGUCCAAGUCUACUCGGAUGAUCCUCAUCAGCUGAUCUUUGAAGCUGUGCUUUUCUCCGGCAAACGAGGCAUGAUCGCUAUUGACAACUUCGUACUCAACGACACCAGCUGCAGUAGUGACAAAUUUGGAGGGUGCAACUUCGAGUCUGAUUCGUGCGGGUGGCAACUGCACAACUGGCAGCGCACCAGCGCGAGCAUGAGCUUCAAGCCUACGGCUGAUCACACAACCCAGUCAUCCACAGGCCGCUUCGUUCUGGCAAAGAGUCCUGGUGGCCGCAUGGUUAGCCCUGAAAGCUGGUACGACGCGACUCAGCCGAAGUGCUUCCGCUUUUGGUACUUCCUCACUGGCACACCCGCGGAAGUGCUUAGGGUUACCCGAGUGCUCAAAGGAGGUCAGGAGGUGGCACUAUGGCGUGACACGCCGUAUCAAGACAACAGUAAACUGUGGCGUCAAGCAUCAGUGAACCUGCCCGCUUACAAUGAAACACCUACGAUCGUGUUUGACGCCACAACAUCUGAUGCCGCGGGCGCAGUGAUAGCCGUAGAUGACUUCAGCCUCGGCAGUGCCCCGUGCCCUUCGCCCGGAAGCUGCUCCUUCGAGGAGGACAUGUGCGGCUGGACCAGCAACAUUAUUCUCAACAACGCACAGUGGUAUCGACACCGGGGUGCCACAGUUUACAAUACGACAGGUGUGCAGAAUGACCACACGUUGGGCACAACCAAAGGUUACUACCUUCUCCUCGACGCCGCUGACCUGAUAGGUGCUUCAUUCGGCAGUUUGCAGAGUCCAAAGUUGCCCUUGGGUCCUUCUGUGUGCUUCAGCCUUCACUACUCCUUCAAAAACGGCUCUGGAGCAGCGUUGACAGUUGCAUUCUUCGACCAGAAGGGGGCCAUUGUGGGUCGGCCUAGAAGGGUGCAGAACUCUACGCCACGCGUGUGGACGCGACUUUCCAUCGAACGCUCCGAUCUUCCUGAUCUAUUCUCAGUUAUAAUCAGCGCUCAGACGGCACGAGGCCGAAGCGACGUCAUCAUCGACGACAUCGACGUACGUCGUGGAAAAUGCCCUGAGAUGGCCGUUACCACAAUAAUACCAGGACCAGAAACGGAAACUCCUACCCGCCCUGCAACAGCAGCUUCUACGCAGCCCGUGCCUGCACCAGAAACCACACCAACAGAACCUUCUACGCUGCCCACGGAAGUUAUAACGCCAGAACCAGUGGCAACUGAAACUCCAGCCCCUCCCAAGCCGAGGCCUGCCCUGGUGUGCCAGCACGGCGAGUUCAGCUGCAGAGACGAUAGCACUUGCAUUCCAUCUGCACUGCUCUGUGAUGGUGUUAAAGACUGUCCAAAUGGACUGGAUGAGAAGUGCGGAAGUGCCUGGCAAUGCAAAGAAGACGAAUUCUUUUGUCCGUCCCGCUCUCCUAGCGCUUGUAUGCCAUGGUCUCUCCUCUGCGAUGGUCACGAGGACUGCGCUGGUGGUUCCGAUGAAUCUUUAUGUCGCGCAUGUCCUGAUUAUUUCUGCCGAAAUGAUGGUACAUGCGGGUGGACGCCAAAAGCGCCAAGUCCGACCUGCGAAUGUCGCCAUGGUUACAGAGGCCGCCGCUGUAAUUUGUUGACCAGCACCGUACCACAAGCGGACACGCUUACUUCAAAAGGCUCUGGACCUUCUGCCGGCAUAGUUGCAGCCAUAGUUGUUGUGUUGAUGAUCUUGAUCGUAGCCACUGUAGCUUCAAUCGUUGUCAUUCGUAAGCGACGCAACCUACA